UGAUUUUCUUUCUUAUAGUGUUGAACAAUAUCCUCAGAAAAUGCCUAUAUUCUGAUCGAAAUUUUCCAUUUGAAUUUCGUUUAUGAUAAUAAUCAAACAGGUGAUGUGCAUUUGAAGUCUUUUAGCUCUCAAGAUUUCAUUGUGCUGAGGCCGUUUCGAAACCCGUUGGGCUUUGACUUGAUACAACUCAGGAGUUGACUUAACGACCUUGCGCUUGCGUGUGUUGUGCAAAACCCGAAAACACACGUAAAGAAAUUGCUCUUGUUUCUCGCCGAUUAGCAUCGCAAACGCCUCGCCUUGAAAGAAAGAAAAGCUCCUAUAUAAAGGAUGGGAGAAAUUGUGUGGCUGUUGAGUGCCAUUUGCACGCCAAUAACAAAUUGCGGACUGAAGAUAUGUCCCUUUAUAAAACAAGAACGAGACCAUGCUAAAAAACUGGACGAGAAUAGGAGGAGACUUAGAAGAGCAGCUGAGCGUCUCAGUGCCAGGAAAGAUGAUAUAGAGCAUGAAAUAAUGAAUAAAAGAAUCACGAAGACGACAACUCGUGAAUGGGAAGCUUGGGUUAAUGGUGUGGAAGAGAUCGGAGAAGAGGUGAAGAUUCUUGAGGCCAAAUAUAGAAAAUCCCGUAGAUUCCAUUAUAUAACGUGCGCUUUUCAGUCACGUGCAAAACUCAGCAGAGACAUGGAGACCAAGGCCGAGGAAAUCGAUUCUUUCACAAACCAAAUGAGUUCUGAUAAGGCAAUGGUUGACAGAGAACCAGUAGCGCCUGCGAGCCAUUCCUUUCGAAAGAAGGAGGAAUUGUCAUGGGUUAAGAACAACGUGGACAGGAUCUUGGAUUCCCUUGGUCAGGAGAAAAUGAAGAAAAUUGGGGUAUUCGCAUUUGCAGGGAUGGGCAAAAGUACUAUUUUUGAGAGCUUAUAUGAUAGGUCCCGCGAAAGUGGCUUGUUCCACCAUGUCAUUUUUGUAAAAGUUGAAGAGAAUGAUAGAGAGGAAAAGAUACGGCAAAGCAUUUUGGAGCAGUUGAACUUGAAACUGAAUGUGGGGGAAAUCAGAACUGCACAUCGAAUUGCACAUACAAUAUCUACUGCUCUGCACAACAGGAAGUAUUUGCUGAUGCUUGAUCAAGUUUCCGAGGAAAUUGAUCUGAAGGAAUUGGGAAUUUAUGACAGCCAUAGUGAUGGAAAAGUGGUGGUGGCUACAAGAUACAAAUCAGUUUGUGACAAUAUGAAUAUGGAUGAUUCCUGGGAACUAGAACAUAUGUCUGAAAGAGACGCAUUGGUGUUGUUCCGGCAAAUUGCAGGUGAAGCUGCAGAUUAUGAGCGCAAUAAACAUGAAGCUAAGCGGAUUGUGAAAGAGUGUGGAGGGAUGCCACUGUUGAUAAAUGCUGUAGCUACAUAUUUGAAAAGUGAAGAAAAUGACGAGGUAUGGUCAGAUUGUUUGUGGAAGUUGCAGUCAUCCACAUAUGAUGAUGAUCUCGGACCGUUUAGUGAAUCAUAUAAUGUCUUCAAACUUGUCUACGAUAGAUUAAAUGAUUACAGGAAAAAAUGCUUCUUGUACGGGGCUCUGUAUCCCCUAGAUCAUCAGAUCUAUGAGGAUCAUUUGAUAGAGUGCUGGAGGGCUGAACAGUUUAUUCCUGCUACUGAAGGGAGUAAUACUGGCCAGGUAUUUAGGAGGGCACGCCAUGAAGGGCAUGCUACAAUUAGGUGUCUCAUAAACGCAUGUUUACUGAAGAGGUGUAGGAAAGUGAAAUAUGUUACUAUUCCCUAUUUAUUCAGAAACUGGGCUUUGAAAACAGGUGAAGGGGUCUCCUCACUCGUUAUACCGAGCAAUGGUAUGGGUAUGUGUCAGGAUCCAAAAUGGAUUUCGCUCAAGUGCAAUGACUUGAGCUCUUCACUUCCAAGGGUAAGUUACCAUAUGGUAACCACCUUGUUUCUCCAAAGGAAUGAAGGUUUGGAUUUGGAACAGAUUCGGGAUCAUAUUUUUGUUCUCAAGAGUAGGCUACGCGUUCUGGACUUGGGUUAUACUGGCAUUAAAUCACUGCCAUCUUCUAUCUCCAAUUUAAUCAACCUGAAAGCACUAUAUCUUAACAAUUGUAGUGAGUUGGGUGAACUGCCUGCCAAAAUAAAAAAACUCAAGUCUAUAGAAAUCCUUGACAUUUGUCAAACUGGAAUUUCUCAUUGGCCUGAUGAAAUAGGAGAUAUGACUGGUCUUAGGUGUUUGAGAGUUUCAUUUGUCAGAAAUGUUGGUAAUCACCAUCAUAAUGAGGUCCAACCAUGGAAAAUAAUUGCAAGGCUUCCUUCUUUGGAAGAAUUAACUAUUGUUGUUGAUGAAGUUUAUCAAAACCAGUGGAAUGGCAUCUUCUUGGAUGAAAAGUGGAAUAAUGUUGCGCAGGAAAUUGCCGAGGAGGUGGCCAAGUUGAAGUUUUUAACCACACUUCAUAUCUACUUUCCAAGUGUAAAGUGCCUCGAUGCUUUCAUCAGGGAAAGUAAGUCAUGGAAUGAGAAAGACGGUCAAUGGGGAGAAAAAACCUUCAGAUCCUUUAAAAUCACAGUCGGUUCUUUCUCGAGGCAUUAUGAAAUAGACAUGAAUGAACACAAAGCUGAACGACAUUUGAAAUUUUUUGCUUACAAUGAACUUUCAGAUUUCCAUGGAUCUUUGAGCACAAUUUCAGAGGUUCUAAAGCAGGCCUGCACCUUUGAAUUGAUUGGCCAUAAAACCAUUGAAGAUUUAUCAGGAUUUGGCAUCAAUAACAUGGCAGGGUUGAAGGUAUGCGCAAUUAAGGACUGCAAUCAAAUGAAGACCAUCAUUAGUGGCAACAAUGAAGAAGAUGCUGCACUAAAAGAGUUAAAACAACUGCAUUUAAUCAAUUUAAGUAAGUUAACUAGUAUUUGUGAGGGCUUGAUGGGGGAGGAAAGUUUUGCUAGUUUGACUACUCUUAUCAUCAGUAACUGUCACGAGUUGAGUGUAAUUCUGUCAAUCAAGAUGAUUCAGCGAAUUACUCUAUUGGAGCAUUUAAGAGUGGAAAAUUGUUCAAAAACAACGGAUAUAAUUGGAGUCAGCGAGCAGGACGGGAACAAUCCAACUCCUUCACUCCCAAGGUUGAAAAGCUUGCAGCUGGUCAAUCUAUCAAUAUUGCAAAAUUUUUGUCAAAAUGUCACAUUGAAUGGGCCCUCCUUGCGAGCAAUGGAGAUUGAUCAGUGUUGGAUGCUACAAAAUUUACCUUUGAGCCUGAACAAUACAGAGAAUCUAAGACUGAUCAAAUGCCAUGAAUCUUGGUGGAAUCAGUUGAAUCUUGAACCUCAUACCAGAAGCCGAUAUCAAGCAUUCUGCCAUUUUAUUUAAAGAGUUGAGAUCAAUGUUGAAGAAAUCCCCUGACAAGUAGAGAAGAGGUUCUGAUGUUUUGUCAUGACUCAUGCUAGAAAAGAGCUGGAAAAAUAGCGGAGUUGCCUAUGAGCAUUUGAAACAAGCUCAAUUGGGUCCAGAGGUUGUUACAACACAAGGUAGCAGAUUCGUAACCCCACAGAUGAAAUUUGCACAAAAUUUUAUGUAAAGCUUAUCCGUCAGUACCAGAGAAAGGGGAGCUUCAUAUUUUAAUUUCCUUCCCAUCUUUCAAUGAUGAGGAAUACAAACCUUAUUGUAGUAGGGGUGGUGGAUGGUGAAGGGCUGAAGGCAUACCUGCAUUGCCUAGCGCAGCAGAGUGAACGAGACUGGAAUUCAUGUUAAAAUUUUAUUUGGAGUUAGAUGAAGACUCAUCUCUUAUUUAUUGUGCGGAAAAUGAUCUGUCUUUGCUAAGUAUUUUGUUGUUUCCUAUGUUUGUAACUUGUAACAAUAAAAAUUAAUUGAAUUUGAGCGCAUGAAAAAUUAAUAUUAAUAAAAUGCUUAACAA